GAAAAACUUUCAAGAUUCGUGGAAUGUCAUACCCAAUCUUCUUCCGCUAUCAAACUCUUCCUUCCUCAUACUGCUAAGUGGUGAAGAGGUCUACACUCCUUCCUCAUGAAUUUUUUUCGUAGCACAAUGAUAUAUUUAAUCCUUCACUCUUUCAAACAAAGCCUCUUUUCAAAACAAACACAAUUCUAAAAAUCUCAUAUACAUAAUCUAAAAACCAAUUCCAACAUUUUCAACACUCAAUUUGGGCAUAUUUUUACUCAACCAAACAUUAUUUUUCAAACUUUCUCUCCUUUUUUAUCCAUCAUGGCCAACGAAAACUUCACGGAAAGUUCUUCUCGUUCGACUAACAUCAUGCGAGACUGUGUCAAUCCCAGAACUUCAGAUAACACUGAGCAAAUUACAUUUUCUAACAGAUUCCAAAGAGCGGGUCGAGAGUGCAAUAGAACAGUCUCAAAAUAUGGGAAAAAUCAUCGUGCUAAGGAUUUUCGUGGGAAAAGCAACAGACCCUCAAAAUUCCGAUGGGAAUGGGACCUCGAAAGGUCUGCAUACAAAUCUGAAGAACUGCCAACCUUCGUAGCUUCUCGCACAGAUCGUCAUUACAAAAUCAAGUCCAGAGCAGCCCCAGACCUGCAUUGGCAGGCAUUCAAGAGAGAAGACCGCGUUCCCUUACCGCCCAAUUGGAAAACAAAUUAUCCUCAGUACACUUGUGAAGCGGGAGCAUCACCACGCCACAGAAACUCUUACACUGGAGCAUCGUCCAGGCCGCCACGCACAUCUUUAUUGAAUACACAGAAUUUGCUGAAGGUCAGACUUCAAUCUAAGUGGAAAGGUCACACAAUCACGGCCCACCCGUUUGAUUGGGAAGAAUUCAAGGCGAAUGAAAAGGAUGGCCACAGAAAGCUCACACGCGCCAUCAACUUCGUUAAGUAUUGGGAUCAAUAUGUUAAAGAUAACCCAGGAUAUCUUAAGGACAUGGAUCAAAUUUGUGAAAGCUGGUUUGCCUCUCCAUGUGCCGGCGAUAAUCCAUACCGCGCGAAGGCUACGGUGGGAGACGCAAGACUACAAGUUUACUCAUCUAGGCAUCGGCAAUUGCAAAUGGAGGAAGAGAAGAAAAGGCAGCAUAUACAGAGAACAAAAGAGAGACAAGAAAAAUAUGAGAAAUUAUCAAUGGUUGAGGAUCAGAUUGAAGGACUGACUCUUAGAGUCGGUCGACGUCAGUUUUCCUGCAACACUUCCCCGUCAUCGAAUCUCUGAUAGCCUCCCUCCACAAUUGCGCAUAUUGAAGAAGCAUAUGGGUACUCGUGAUGAAGUCGGGACGGUUCUAAGAAUAGACGGAAUUGGUACAAUUGCAUUCAUCUGCCGUAGGAAAGCGAGUUAACAAAUGGUUCAUACAUUUGGUGUUUAUGUUUUGUUGGAUCAGCGUUGAAAUAUAUGAUUGCAUGGAUGGAAACGGCACAGGAGUUGGGCUUUAUGUCUUCUAAUAGUGACGGUUAGAGAAAGGGUGGCGAUUACUAUGUUUCAUUACCGGAGCAUUGUAUGUGCCAUCGUACUAGUAUGUCCUAGCGUGUAUGCAUACUCCCUCCAGCGUUUGUAACUAUUAUGAAUAGUAAAAAAUUCCACAUAAAACA